CAUGAUCUUCGAUUGAAAGUGCACAACAAGGCUAGAGUAGAGGGUUCUAUUGUAGAGGCAGAGACUGUGCAAGAGAUGACAGAUUAUUUUUUUGGAUACUUCGCCGACCAUAUUCGUACUAGAUGGACAAGGACCGAUAGAUACAAUAAUAGAGGGACAUAGGUGCAAAAUGAUGGCUGCACCUUAGAUGUGUUCCAAUAUCAUGGCACCCUACAUGGUAGAGGUGUGCCUCGUGAUCUCUCAGAACAAGAGUUAAAUGCAGCAAGGCUAUAUAUUUUGACCAAUUGCUCUGCUGUAGACCGUUUUCGGGAGUAAGUGAAGCAAAUAUAUUUUUUCUCGCUUUUCUUGGCACACGUUCUCUAACAUGUGUACAUUUGUAGAGCAUUUAUGGAACAAAAGCUAUCACAGGACCCUAAUUUGUCGGUUGAGGUCCUUGAUCAAAUGAUGGCAGCAGAAUUUGUGGACUGGUUUAAGAAAACUGUAAAGAACUAACUCUUUAUCCAUCUUUCAUAUUUUAUAUACUUAUGAUUAUAACAUAUCUACUAACUAUAUAAAAUUAUUUUGUUUUUAGUGUAGAAAGGAUACUGAAGCAGAUGAAGACUUGUGGAAUUUAGCUAAUGGAUGCAAAUCUAGAGUGCUAUCAUAUAACUCUUAUGAUGUCAAUGGCUACAGGUUUAGGUCAGAGAAUUAUGAGACUUCCCGUGCAAAGCUAACCACAGUGAACACUGGGAUUUGUUUGUCUUCCUUCACCUCAGAUGAUCAGCAAAUUGACUAUUAUGGUGUCAUUGAGGACAUUAUCAAAUUAUCCUUUAGUGCUGGUAGAAAAAUUGAAAUGGUUCUCUUGGAAUGUCAUUGGUUUGACACAAUUUCUGGUCUCAGGUCUGAACCUAAAUUAGGUUUAGUGGAAGUAAAGUCAUCCUCAAGACUUGUGAAUUUUGAACCCUUUGCCAUGGCUCACCAGGCCACACAAGUGUACUACUUCCAGUACCCAUCUCCAAGGCGUGAUCUCCGUGAUUGGUGUGUUGUUUACAAGAUACAGCCAAGAACCUUAAACAACAUUGAUGGAGAUGAUGCACAUGAGCCACCAAUUACUGAUGUAUUUUUCCAAGAAGAUAGGCUACAGGGAAGCUUCUCCAUUGAUGCUGACUCCUUGUUUGAUGAUGCCACUGUGUCGACAAAUGAAUUGGAUGAUGUCCUGGACCCAGAUGAAAUUGAAGCUAUAGAAAAACAAAACAACAAUGAUGAUCCAUCAGACCACAGUUCUAAUCAUGAGAGUAGUAGUGAGGAAGAAGAAGAUUUAUUACAUAAGUAUAUAAAAUAUGUGUUGUGCAGGUAAUAUGUGUUGUUAAUAACUAUAUGGUUAAAAAGAUGCACCUGUUGCUAAUAUUGAAUUGUUAACAGGCAAUGGCUGCUAAAGGGGGAAUGGAUUAUGAUGCAUUAGUUCAGGAAACUGUACCUAACUUGGAUGCUGAAUCUGAGGAUGCAGUCUCACAGGAGCAUGAUGGAAUCGGUCAUGAUAUAUCUGGACAGGAAAACAUUGAUGGAAUAGAGUGCAGUAAUGAGUACAAUGAAGGAUACAACGAUGAUGACGAAGGAUACAACUAUGAUGAUGAAGGAUACAAGGACAAUGAAGAUGAAGAGAAUUGUGGCAGAUAUGAUCGUGACAUUGAUGAGGAUUUCAACCUUUGGUGACGAGGACAUACUUUUCUUUUGCUCGCUGGAGAUCAUAUGCUGCAAAUGAAAAUGCUGGUGUUGCACUUUUGGAGUUGAAUGACGUUAUGGGCCUUAAGCCAUAUGAAUAGUAGUAUCUUAGUCAAGUAUUUCCAUUAUUUGAUCAUUAGUAACUUAUUGAAUUAUGUCCUUUGCCACUUUUAGAAUAUAUGUACCUUUCUUCCGUACUUGUUAA